AUGCAGCUCCCUAUCAGCGCCAUCACCUCGCAAUUCAGCGAUCGCUUUAACAGCGUCCGCGCCCAGUCCAUCAGUUCGCGCUUCGCCAACCUCCGCCCUGUCUCCGAAUUCCUCGACGUGAAGCGUUUCUCCAAGCCUGCUCACUUCGGUGAGGUCCAGAGCCGUGUUAACUACAACCUGUCCUACUUCUCCAGCAACUAUGCUGUCGUCUUCGUCAUGCUCAGCAUCUACAGCUUGCUGACCAACUUCCUGCUCCUCUUCGUCAUCAUCUUCGUCACCGGUGGUCUCUACGGUAUUGGGAAACUGGAAGGUCGUGAUCUGGAAUUGGGUGUCGCUCGUCUGAACACCUCUCAGCUCUACACUGGUCUGCUCGUCGUUGCGGUUCCCCUGGGUAUCUGGGCCUCUCCCAUCUCCACGGUCCUCUGGUUGAUUGGUGCCACUGGUGCGACGGUGUUCGGCCACGCCGCCCUCAUGGACAAGCCCAUCGAGAAUGCUUUUUCCGAGGAGGCGGUCUAA